AUGACAUCGGCCGAUGAUGAUUAUGGUCAAGCAUCAAAUAAUAACAAUCACAACAGUAUUAGUAUAACAAGUGGAAAUCAACAUAACAAUACUAAUCGACGUAUGAAUAGCAAUAACACUAAUCCUUAUUCAUCGUCGGCCGGUAUUGAGAUACGUGUACUGAUGACUUCUCGAGAUGCUGGAGCUGUUAUUGGUAAAGGAGGUUCAUCAAUACAAAAGCUUCGUGCUGAUCAUCCGCGCACAAUAAUUCAAGUACCAGAUUGUGCAUCACCUGAACGUGUAUUAAUAAUAAAUGGUGAACAAGAUCAAUGUUUUGGUGCUUUACAACAGAUUAUUCCAGCUUUAACUGACAGUUCUCGUCUUUCAUCGUUCAAUCGACGACGUAAUCUAAAUGCAGGGGGAGAAAAUUCGGACCAAACUCAAUCAAAUAAUGAUAUCCAAACAACAGGUGAUAUACCAUCGGAAAUUCGCAUACUUGUUUAUCAAAUCUAUUGCGGAGCAAUUAUUGGUAAAGGUGGACAACACGUGAAAGAAUUACGACAGACCUAUAAUCUUGAUAUAAAAGUAUUUUCUCUAUGUUGUCCACUAAGUCAUGAGAGAGUGAUUUCAUUACGUGGAAAAAUAGAUGAUAUUAUCGAAUGCAUUAAACACAUCUAUUCUUUGAUGAGUUCAUCAUCACAACAGCCAAGAGGUGCACUAAUGGUUCAAUAUGAUCCACAUAAUUUUGAUAUUUAUACCGUGAAUGAAUAUGGUGGCUUCCCACCUGCGGGUAUUGAUAAUCGUACUGGAUAUAAUCCACGAGGGCCAUUUUCACCAGGUGGACCACGUGGUGGUAUGUAUCCUAUUCAACCAUUACCUCCACUUGUUGAUGUACCAUUUGGUGGUGGGCCAGGUCUCGGUGGUCGAUGUCCCAAUCCUGUUUUACUUACAUCAACACGUGUCACUCUACCAAAUGAACUUGUGGGCGCAAUUAUUGGCCCACGCGGUGCAAAAAUUCAACAAAUACGUCAGGCAACGAAUGCAAAUAUUAUCAUUGACGAUCAACCAAUUCCAACGGGUACUGGUGGUGGCGAUCGAAUAAUAACAAUUGAAGGAACACCAGAACAGAUUAGUCGUGCACAAGCGCUUCUGCAACAAGCAGUUCGCCAAUCAGGUCUUUGGCGUCCAUGA